AUGGCUUCUGCGAAAACAGUAUCUGUGGACGAUCUUACUUGUCCCGUGUGCUGUGAAAUCUUUGGUUUUCCUGUUAUCCUGUCAUGUAGUCACAGUUUUUGUAAAGAGUGUCUUCAACAGUUCUGGAAAACCCGCAAUACUCAGGAGUGUCCUGUCUGCAGGAGAAGAUCCUCAAGAGACGAACCUCCGUGUAAUCUGGUGUUAAAAAACUUAUGCGAGUCAUUCACAGUAGAAAGUGCUUCAGGGUCUGAGGAGGUCUGCAGUCUCCACAAUGAGAAACUCAAACUCUUCUGCUUGGAUGAUGAACAACCUGUGUGUGUUGUGUGCAGAGAUUCCGAAAAACAUGUCAGUCACAGAUUCCGCCCCAUUAAUGAAGUUGUUCCAUCUUACAAGGAGCAGCUCAAAACAGCACUGAAGUCUUUAGAAGAGAAGCUUAAACACACAGAAAACAAUAAAAGAGACUGUGAUAAAACAAUCCAGCACAUCAAGACUCAGGCUGAGCACACAGAGCGGCAGAUUAAAGAGGAGUUUAAGAAGCUUCAUCAGUUUCUGCGAGAUGAAGAAGAAGCUUCAGUCACUGCACUGAGGAAAGAGGAAGAGCAGAAGAGUCAGAUGCUGAAGGAGAAGCUUGAGGAGAUGAACAGACAGAUCUCAGCUCUAUCAGACACAAUAAAAGACAUAGAGGAAAAGAUGAUGCCUCACACCAGUGAUGCCUCAUUUCUACUUCUAACUGGUGGAUGUUAUUCCAGAGCCCAGAGUUCACAGCAGGAUCCACAGAUGCUUUCAGGAGCUUUGAUUAAUGUGGCAGAUCAUCUGAGAAACCUGACCUUCAGAGUCUGGAAGAAGAUGCAGGAACUUGUUCGAAACACUCCUGUGACUCUAGACCCAAACACUGCAAAUACAUAUCUGAUUCUGUCUGAUGAUCUGACCAGUCUGAGACGCAGUGAGAUGCAUCAACCAGUUCCUGAUAACCCAGAGAGAUUUGAUGAAUAUGCCUGUGUUCUGGGUUCAGAGGGCUUUAACUCAGGAUCACACUUCUGGAACGUGGAGGUUGGAGACAAUUCAUGGUGGAUUAUUGGUGUAACCACAGAAUCAAAUACAAGGAAGGGAAGAGUUUUCUUUAACACCAAUGUCUGGUGUGUUUGGUACAAAGAUGAUGAAUAUUUCUCACAAUCCCCAGAGAAACCCAACAGUCCUUUUCCAGUUAAAGAGAAGCUUCAGAGGGUGAGAUUGGAGCUGGACUGGGACAGAGGAAAACUGUCAUUCUGUGAUCCCGUAACUAACAAACAUCUAUGCACAAUAACAACCACCUUCACAGAGAGAGUCUUUCCAUUCUUUCAUUCCAACUGUGACAACACUGUGCUUUGUAUUGUUAGUGGUUUAACAAAGUUACACAUAUAGGUGAUC